AUGGGUUCAGAUCAAAAAAGCUAUUUCAGUGUGCUAGAAAUAUUAUACAAAUUGUACGAUCCACCUUCGAGUGAUGUUGAGAAAUUCCGAUCUUUGGUUAAGGAAGCAAAGAAUAUUAUUGCAAUCACAGGUGCAGGUAUCUCAAGUGUGCCAACCUACAGCUCGGCGUGGGGACUCUGGCGGAACUUUGAAGGUUCUGACCUGGACAAUGAUUACACAUUCGACAAUAUUCCAUUCUUAGUCUGGGAGUUCACUCACUACAGGAGAGAGGUCAUCUUAAAAACAGGCCCUAAUGAGGCCCAGAAGGCACUUGCAGAUUACGAGAAGUACAUGAGGGAGGAGGGGAAGGGCCGCAAUAUGACCGUGAUCACGCUAAACACAGACGGCCUACACACUCUGGCCGGCUCUCGGCGGGUCAUAGAAAUGAGUGGCUCGUUGUUCAAGACCAAGUGUGUCAAGUGUGGCGACAUACAUGAGAACUGGCAGCAACCUAUUGCACCUUCGCUGGCAGGCAAAGGAAACCCCAGUGCACAGUUGGACUAUGUGCAGGCUGAUGAAGAAGCAGUGCCUCACUGCUCCAAGCCUGGCUGUGACGGACGACUCAGACCACACGUUCUCUUCACCGGCGAGGACAUGUCAAAACAUGCAGUGGACAGUGCCGAGGAUGCUCUAAGGUUGGCAGACCUGUGCCUAGUGGUAGGCACGUCCUCGUCAGUGCGGCCAGUGUCAGAGUUUGGCCCCACUCUCGCUGGCCGCGGAGUGCCUGUUGCUGAGUUCAACAUAGUCAACACUGAUGUCACCAUGUACUUUCCGUUUCAGUUUAAGGGAAACUGCACAAUUACACUGCCUCAAGUCUUAAAACACUGACGAAGAAGAUCUUCAACAUUUUGGUUGUGGUCAGUAUUUGAAGUCUUUAAUCAAAUACAGAUGAAUGUUUAUUGAA